UUUUCUCCAAACAAGAUCUAGAUCUAACACAAAAGGCUAAUUUCGUCAUUUCCUUAAUAUUUUCCCCUAAAUUUCACUCUUUAUUCAUUUCGUUUCAGUCCCUAACCUUAUUUUCUCCUACUCCUAAAAUCCCCUCAAUUCUCUUUACCGGCCCGUUAUCCACGCCGGCAUCGCCGUCCUCCUCCGUGAACCACCACUGAUCCGCCGUACUCGCCGGCGUUUACAUUUUUCAAAAUGACGAAAAUACCCCUACCCUUCCUCCUUCUCCUCCUCUGUCUUGUCUCGUUCACCACCGGCGAGAUAAAAAAGCUGAAAAUCUCCUCCGAUCCACGUGCAAUGAUACUCUUCGAGCGGUUCGGGUUUACUCAUACGGGUCAAGCUGCCAUUAGCGUCUCUUCCGUCUCUGUUAUCUCUACCUUAGCUACGCCGGACCCUUCACGGCUUGGGUUUUUUCUCUUAUCGGAAGAAGCGCUUAUUCAAGUUCUUCUUGAACUUCAACAAAACCCUACAUUUUGUGUUCUAGAUUCCAAAUUCAUCAAUUUGUUGUUUACUUUCCGUGAUCUUUCUCCACCCCCAAAUUCUUCGUUUAACCGAUCUUACCCUGUUACUUCUCCGAAUGAAUACUCUCUCUUCUUUGCGAAUUGUGCUCCUGAAUCGAAAGUAUCCAUGGAUGUUCGUACGGAACUGUAUAAUGUAGAUAAUCAAGUGAAGGAUUAUCUUUCUGCUGGUCUUACUCAGCUUCCCACGUUGUAUUUUCUGUUUUCCUUUGUGUAUAUCGGGUUUUUGGGGUUGUGGUUGUCUGUAUGUAUUCGUAAUAAGAAAUCUGUUCAUCGGAUUCAUAUGCUUAUGGCUGCUUUAGUUGUAAUGAAGGCGUUGAAUUUGAUUUUUGCGGCGGAGGAUAAGCAUUAUGUUAAGGUUACUGGUACUGCUCAUGGUUGGGAUGUGUUGUUUUACAUUUUUCAGUCGAUUCGUGUUGUUUUGCUUUUUACUGUGAUUGUUUUGAUUGGUACUGGCUGGUCGUUUUUGAAGCCAUUUUUGCAAGAGAGGGAGAAGAAAGUGUUGAUGAUUGUGAUCCCGCUUCAGGUUUUGGCUAAUGUGGCAUCGAUUGUGAUCGGUGAAACGGGUCCGUUUAUUAGGGAUUGGGUGACUUGGAAUCAGGUGUUUUUGAUUGUUGAUAUUAUCUGUUGUUGUGCUAUUAUCUUCCCUAUUGUUUGGUCGAUUAGGUCCUUGAGGGAGACAUCGAAGACUGAUGGGAAGGCUGCACGGAAUUUGUCAAAAUUGACUUUGUUUAGGCAGUUUUAUAUUGUGGUGAUCGGAUACUUGUACUUCACAAGGAUUGUUGUGUUCGCAUUGAGGACAAUUGCUGCAUAUAAGUACCAAUGGGUGGCAAAUGCUGCGGAGGAGAUAGCCAGUUUAGCGUUCUACAUGGUGAUGUUUUACAUGUUUAGGCCAGAGGAGAAGAAUGAGUACUUUGUUCUCGACGAGGAGGAAGAAGAGGCUGCAGAAAUGGCUCUUCGAGAUGAGGAGUUUGAGCUGUGAAGUCGAGUUCUAGUGGAAGGUGUCCUGUCAUUUAUGCAGUUUGCAGCCUAACACUGUGAGUUCACUGAAGUGAUAGUUAGGUUUGCUGGGAUGAAUUAUCAUUUACUGUUCUUUUACUUUUUCAUUUUUACUAAACAAUAUUUUGGUCUGUAGUAAUAGUACUGUAAUCAUGGAACAACGGUUUGCAUUUUUGGAUAUUGAUAGUUCUUUCAUUGGAAGUGUUACUUAAACCUCAUUUUCAUUGA